AUGUCCUUACAGAAACUCAUGGAGUCAGAAGCUGGGACCAACAGGACCGCUGUUGCUGAGUUCAUUCUACUGGGCCUAGUGCAAACAGAAGAGAUGCAGUCUGUGAUCUUUGUGCUCCUCCUCUUUGCCUAUCUGGUCACAACUGGGGGCAACCUCAGCAUCCUGGCAGCCAUCUUGGUGGAGCCCAAACUCCACACCCCCAUGUACUUCUUCCUGGGGAACCUAUCAGUGCUGGAUGUCGGAUGUAUCACUGUCACUGUUCCUGCAAUGUUGGGUCGUCUCUUGUCCCACAAGUCCACAAUUUCCUAUGACGCCUGCCUCUCCCAGCUCUUCUUCUUCCACCUUCUGGCUGGGAUGGACUGCUUCCUGCUGACCGCCAUGGCCUAUGACCGAUUCCUGGCCAUCUGCCGGCCCCUCACUUACAGCACCCACAUGAAUCAGAGAGUACAGAGGAUGUUGGUGGCUGUGUCCUGGACUUGUGCCUUCACCAAUGCACUGACCCACACUAUUGCCUUAACUACCCUCAACUUCUGUGGCCCCAGUGUGAUCAAUCACUUCUACUGUGACCUCCCACAGCUCUUCCAGCUCUCCUGCUCCAGCACCCAACUCAAUGAGCUGCUGCUCUUUGUAGCAGCAGCCGUCAUGGCUGUGGCGCCCUUGGUCUUCAUCAGCGUGUCCUAUGCCCAUGUGGUAGCUGCUGUGCUGCAAAUCCACUCUGCUGAGGGCAGAAAGAAGGCCUUCUCCACAUGUGGCUCCCACCUCACUGUGGUGGGCAUCUUCUAUGGGACAGGUGUCUUCAGCUACAUGAGGCUGGGUUCAGUGGAAUCUUCAGACAAGGAUAAGGGGGUUGGGGUUUUCAUGACUGUGAUCAACCCCAUGCUGAACCCACUUAUCUACAGCCUCAGAAAUACUGAUGUUCAGGGCGCUCUGUGUCAGCUACUUGUGGGGAAGCGAUCACUGACCUGAGAGAUGACCUCCUUUCCUGCCUUUUCUGGACCGAGGAAAAUUUCCCGAGAAGAUAGUAACCAACAAACCUUGUUUAUAACCAUUAUUUCUAUCUCCUGAUGCCUGAGGAGUGGUGUUAUGUGUUUGGCCUACAAGGAAACCCUAUAUAAUUCAUUCAUUUAUUCAUUCGACAAAUAUUUAUUAAAUUACUUCUAUGAUCCAAACAAUCUUCUAGGGCAUUGGUGAGCAAAACGGACAAAAGUCUCUGCACUCAAGCACAUCACAUGCUAUAAAGGUAGGCUAAAUAAAUAAAUAAGCAUCAUAUAUAGUAUACCACAUGGUGAUACACUCUAUAGAAAAAAGCUAGUAAGACAGGAAGACAUGAAGUUAGCUUCUGCCAACCAGGCCUCCUGGGCAAGUUGCUACCUUGCUUUGGGCUGUGCCCGCUUUCUCGGUAGAGCUGAAAUCUUGGAAGCACUUUAUGCCUGAGCAGCAAUGUCCUACAGGAAAGGGCCACUUCAUCCCAGCCUAGGUAACCAAGAAUAUCACUGCAAAGUUUCCUUCCAGAGGGAUGUGAGACUCCCUCCAGAUCAGAGUGUGGAAAGGUAUUUUGAACCGUGGGCCCAGUGCCAGGAAUCAUUUCAUGCUACUGCUCACCUUUCACCUCCCAUAAAAUCAGUUCCCUCGCUUUAAUACCACACGGGAAUCCCAUGGGAUGAUCAGGAAACAGGUGGGGUCUAGAGAAGGAAAGAGCUACUAAAUAAAAACCAUGUUAAUACGUACGUGAUAUACCUUAAGAUCAAAAAGGGAAUGUUCUAUCUCCAUCCCCUGCGGCAUCUUUCUGUCUUAUUUGAUAAAUCAUCUUCCUGACACAUAUGAUACUUUUUGAAAGAGUAAGCGUUUAUGUUCCAACUAGGUCCUCAGAAUUUUAUUGUAGAAUACCCAAUACAACAUUCUCUUCCAAAGUCUUACUUUUCUAUCCCAAACCUUCUAGCCUGAAAAUACACACCCAUAAAUGCAGUCCCUGGGAGUGACACCUCCUUCUAACUUUAUUUUAUUAAUACAUCAAUACUGCUGCAACCCAGAGCAUUUCCUCAUCUUGAUGUCUAUCCAGGUUUCAGCCCAUUAAUUCCUGAUUCUCUCCAGCCCCUCUAGGAAGACUGUUUACUGCGUCCUAGCAACACUACUGUCCCUCUGCUGUUCAUCCCUAAAACUGUCCAUGGGUGCACCUGAACCUUGGCUUCUCUGUGAUUUCCUCUUGGGGUUGACUGGAAGGAUGGGCUGAGAUAAGGAUGUGAAGACAAGACAUGAGAGUGGGAGGUAGGAACGGAUUGGAGCGGAGCAAUGAAGAUGAAAUGAGCAUAUCGAGAGGGAUGGGACAGGGUGAUGAGCAAAAGUGGUGAGAAGGAAGGAUGGAAGUAAUGAAGGAAAUGAUGCAAUGAGAGAAUGGGAAGAGAGAAGUAUGUCUCUUACCUGAUGCUCUUGGGUGUCCAGACACUUUAACAUUAAAGAACUUGAGCUUCCCUUAAGGGCAAAGUUCUUGUGAAUGAAAAUCACGGACACGGGUUGUAAUCACAUCUUUCCUACUCAUCCACUGCUCUGUGAUCUUAGAAAGUUCCUUACCAUGGUUGGGCUUGUGUCCACCUGUACCAUAAGGGACUGGGACAAGAUUUUCUAUCCACGGUUCCUCACAUUUAAUGACCUCUGAUCAUAAUAGUCUGAAUGAGCUUUUCCCUGGGUCUGAACACAUCACAAACAUUUUGAGAGCAUUACCACCACCAUUUCCACCACUCCAUCUACGCCGUGAGCAUCUAACGCUUGUCUAUGACCCCCAAAGAUCCCAGGCCCUGGCACUGCCUCCUGUGUGGCAUUGCCACCUCCUUUCCUGUGUUCCACCUGUCCUCCAACACCGAGGGGUUUCCUGAACAAGUGAGAAAGAUGUAUUUCCUUGGGAGUUUCUCUCUUUGUGCUCUCAAAUAUAAAUAUACCUAUCUUUAAAUGUUUCAGAAAUAUUAUACCUGAUAGUGGAAACAUUCAGAAAAUAUUAUUCUUUCAAGUGGGAAAUAAAAAUCCAAUUAUUCCUUCACCUCGCCAAAAACCUCAUCAGAGUUAACUCCUCUUAAGAAUUUGAUGACCAGGCAUGGUGGCUCACACCUGUUAUCCCAGCGCUUUGGGAGGCCAAGGCAGGUAGAUCACCUGAGGUCAGGAGUUCGAGACCAUGCUGGCCAACAUGGUGAAACCCCAUCUCUACUAAAAAUACAAAAAUUAGCCGGGCAUGAUGGCAGGCACCUGUAAUCCCAGCUAGUUGGGAGGCUGAGGCAGGAGAAUUGCUUGAACCCAGGAGGCAGAAGUUGCAGUGAGCUGAGAUAGCGCCACUGCACUCCCGCCUACACUCCAGCCUGGGCAACAAGAGCGAAAUGCCAUCUCAAAAAAAGAAAAAAAAAAAAGAACUUGGUGUUUAAUCCUCCAAAGAUUUCCUAUAUAUAUGAUAUGCCUACUUCACAUCUGUAGAAACAUACUGUUCUGUGAUCUGCUUUAUGAUUCUCC